AUGUCAUCUCCAUCCCCUUCUUCCUCCUCAAAGACCUCUCGAACACGAAAUGAAUCCUACUCGCCCGAUGCAAAGCUGCAGAAGACUCGAUAUGCGACUUAUCGAUCUCUCGUCCGUGACUUGGGUAUCAAGAUUCAAGGUGGACUGGCUGAACGUCUUCUCCCUCCAGCUCUUCACCAAGGCGAGGAGGCAGACCUUCAAGGUCAUACGAAUGGACCCGAGGAAGCGGCCAAGGACUUUUCAACGUUAUGGCCUGACUUACCAGAAGAUGAUCCACCGGGUGUCAGUUUGGAGGACACCAUUGUGGAUUUCGCUAGUGCUUAUAUACGUCGGAAGGGGUUGCUCUUACCAAAUCGUCCUACGUCCACUGAUCGCGAAGACGAAAACGAGAAUGCCCCGUAUGAUACCGUCGGCCAAGAACACGGCCGCAAGGGAAGACCGAAGAAACAAUGCGAAUCAUCAAGACUAUACGACGAAGCUUUGCAGGACGUAGACGAACCGCCUUUACCCCCCGAAAUGGUCCGACGAGUCGUCGAGAGGCUCGAUAAGACCUUGGUGGGACUAGCUGUGAUACGCCCGGCUCAGGUGGGCUCUAUGCGCAGGAGAUUAAAGACGUUGGGAUGGGAAGAUGUGUUAAGAGGCAGUCUGCUGGUCGAACAAGAUCCUACACAAGCUCAUAUCCGCCUUCGUGAGAUGUACCCCCAUUCAGCGGACCCGGAUGGUACCCCAAUGGAUCCAGGUCUCCUAUCGCAUCGUCGGAAAAUCGUCGCCAACGCCAUGGCCACCCCCUGUCCGACCGCCGAAGAAGAUGACGAUUCCCCAUAUAUCUGCUGA